GUUCGAGCAGGACUUUGAGCACUUAGACACGGACCUAACUUUAAACAUCAAUUUUGUUACGACCUGUCAUUGUUUUGUCAGCACACCUGUGGAUAUGUCGACAAAGAAGAAGGAGGCAAAAACGGAUAGAGCAGAAGGUUUCACCACAAGGGCCAUGAUGAAGAACACCGAGGUGGUGGGGCCGCCGCCUGCAGGUGCUUUCCGUGAGCGUCCUUCCAAACCAACCACCUUUCGCAAGUACUACGAGCGGGGAGAAUUCCCUAUUGCACUUGAACAUUACAACAAAGGAAACAAAAUUAAAUGGAAGGAGGACUUUGACAAACUGGACUACCACCGCAUCCUGCCUCUGUUCUUCGAUGGCUUGUGUGAGACCAAGCAUCCGUAUGAAUUCUUUGCCCGGCAGGGAAUCCAUGACCUGCUUGAUCACGGAGGUCCCAAAAUUCAACCUGUGAUUCCUCAGCUCAUCAUGCCCAUCAAGAAUGCCUUAAACACGAGGAACCAUCAGGUGAUCUGCACCACACUUAAAAUCUUACAACAUCUGGUGGUAUCUGGAGACAAGGUGGGAGAAACUCUCACACAGUACUACAGACAGAUCCUACCAGUAUUCAACCUCUUCAAGAACAUGAAGGUCAACACCGGAGACGGCGUCGACUACAGCCACAAAGAGAACAUCGGGGAUCUGAUCCAGGAGACUCUGGAGAUGUUUGAGCGCUACGGGGGGAAGGACGCCUUCAUAAACAUCAAAUACAUGGUGCCCACCUACCAGUCCUGUUUGAACAACUGAUCAGCCUAACGCUGCACUGACUCUUGACUUUACGUCUUUGUCAGUCCCUCUUUAUCGGCCCCUCACCUCUAAAUGAACCGCUUAUCUUAUGCCUUUCUUUAUCCUAGCUCUCUCCUAAUCCUAAUCUCACCUUCACUCCAUGGCUUCUCCUUUUGUUUCUGAACUGAUCUCUUUUUUUCCCCACUGCUCCGGAGCAAA